AUGCAUUGCAUAACUCAGCUCGAAAAGCCGCCUAUCGAAGCACUCUUCAGCACCGGCAUGCCAAUGACACUCCUCUCAGUUUAUUCACACGUGAAUCCCUUGCUCUUCGGAUUUUGGGGGAAGGGAUUGAUCAUGGGAUCAAGGGUGCACCGGUUCCGAGUUCGAGCCUGUCUCGAUUUCAAGUCAAACACGAACGUCUUACUCAUGUCGCUGCCGGUUAGCGCUCGAGACGACACCGCAGGGCUCGUCGGUGUGACCGAGAUAGCGAGUGAAGAAUUGACCCCGGUUGACGAUGUCAUUGUCGAUGUUGACGUUGGCAUUGAUCCGCCACUCCCCACGUACGGAGGAGUGGUCAAGUUAGCGCUCAGGACGCUCUGGAUUGUGGCUGCAUCAGCAGAAGGCGCCACUACUGUUAGAGUCGCUAGAACAGUCACCGUGUGCAUGGCCGAAUCAGUGACCUAUUCCGCGUCAACCGAGGCAAGCUCCCAGAUGGAAUGGCGGAGCAGGAGAGAACAAACCGGAGAUGCCGACGACGAGCUACUUCUGGAGAUGGCCGCGCCUGUGCCUCCACCCACAGUGCUCGAGGUCGCUGAACAAGUCCAAAGGACCCCCUAUCAAAUUGCGAUCCCACAUCUGCACCCUCGCAUCCACGCUCGCAUUGCAAAAGGCCCGGUCAUCCAGGUUCACAAUCUCGUCGAUCGACCCGCCUUCGGACCCCAUGCAACGGCUCUCCAGGCACGCACCCAAGGUCGAGCGGUACGAGCAAUCCGUGCAGAUGCACCUCCGCAGUCUAGUGUUGGGAGAAUCGUCAACGCCCGUGGCAUUGCCUCCGCCAGAGAGGAUGGAACCGCAGGACCCGAAGGCCUCAAGGAGCGAGGUGCUGAAGCAUGA